UGAGAGCAACAGUCGUCAACAGAGAGAGAAAAUAAAAGUGUGAUUUGGUCAGCAGACAUAAUAUAAAUGUUGAGAGGCAGACAGCAACAAAAUUUGAAAUAAUGAAGAAAUGAGUGGACUGAAAUAAAAAAUUCUCCCGCCUUAAAGCACGGAAGGAGGGGGCGAUUGGCAACUAGACAUAAUAGAAUGGAAAGCCAGUUGGAAAGUUGCCAAUUUAUUUUUGAAGAAGAUCGUUUCGAAAAAUAUUUAUUUUAUUUAAUUAAAAAGAUGCGCGCAUUAUUGAUUUUUUGCUUUGGGAAGGGGUUUACAAUUUGCGUUUACAAUUAUGUCUAUUUACAAUUGUAAAUAUAUUUUUAUUUUAUUUUCCGGAAAGGUUACAAUUGUAAUUUAUGUAUUAAUUUUCUUUCCGGAAAGUCUACUGGAAAGUCUUUUAUAGUUGUCUAUUUACAAUUGUAAUUCUUUCCGGAAAGUUUUCUUCUAAUAGUUUUCCGGAAAGGAUUAUUUUUCCUCUGUAUUUACUAUUAAUUUUUACAAUAGUUUAUUCUAUUUUCUUUCCGGAAAGGAUAGAAGUGUAAUUUUUAAUUUUCUUUCCGGAAAGUUUAUUUUUACAAUUGUCUAUUUAUUUUAAUACCUUUCCGGAAAGUUUAUUUUUCUCUAUUUCCAAUUGUAAAUAUAUUUUUUAUUUUCUUUCCGGAAACGAUAGAAGUGUAAUUUUUAAUUAUCUUUCCGGAAAGUUUAUUUUUACAAUUGUCUAUUUACAUAUUUAACCAUUUCCGGAAAGUUUAUAUAUUUAUUUUUCUCUAAUCCUUUUAGACAAUUUUAGACUGACUUGUAUUUUUACUUGUAUUUUAAUUAAAUGGACAGCAAGUUUUACAAUGGCAAGUAGGCGUACUAACAACAACACUACUCAUCAGCAUCACACAGGCGUUCAUCGUGGGCAUGUUGUACAUCAUCUUGGAGGCAGAUCAGUGUCUAGACGGCGUAAUGUAAUUAAUCGAGCUAGGAAUCGAUCAGAAAUUAGUUUUUGUGUUAAAUAUACAGUUUUUGGUUUUAACGUUGUUUUCUGGGCUCUCGGCUUUCUCCUGUUAGGCAUCGGUUUAUGGUCCCGCCUAGAAAAGAACAAUUUGUACAGUCAAUUGGCACUUUUCUAUUUGGAUCCAGCUUGGGUUUUAAUUAUUGUUGGAGCAAUUAUUUGGUCAAUUGGAUUUUCUGGAUGUGUUGGCGCUCUACGCGAAAAUACUUGUUUUUUGGCUAUUUACUCCUCCAUUCUUGGUUUGUUGUUACUCACAGAAGCCUUAAUUGUUGUGCUAGCAUUUGUUGCCAAAGAUUUUGUUGAAAAUGAUUUGGGAAAUCGAUUGGAUAGCAUGAUUGUCCAUUAUCGUGAUGACCCAGACUUGCAAACAAUUAUUGACUGGAUGCAAAAUGAUUUUCAAUGUUGUGGAAUAAGCGAUCCUGAUGAUUGGGACAAAAAUAUUUAUUUUAAUGCUUCUGCUAAAGCCUUAAAAUCUCCGGAAGCGGGAGGUGUUCCCUAUUCCUGUUGCAAAAAUGUGGACAAGACUUUUAUUAAUUAUGCCUGUGGAUAUGCGACACGUGUUAGCCAUUCUGACAACGGUCCAAAACAAUUUUAUCAUAGCAAUAUACACAUUGAAGGUUGUUUACCUAAACUUCAAUCUUGGCUAAACAACAAUUUUCUUUAUGUUGGGGCUGCUGUUUUUGUUGUUGCUGUUGUACAGUUUCUCGGAAUUUGUUUUGCACAAGACUUACGUAGUGAUAUUUUUGCUCAACGAGCAAGGUGGACUAGACGAACUUGA